AUGAGUAAUUCUUCUCCUCCCGAUUUCAAGAAACAGAGUGGCGGUGCCGGUGAUUAUGACUCUGAUUUCUCAAUCUCCGGCGUUGAAUCAUCAUCAUCAUCUUCAUCUUCUUCUGAUGAUGAUAAUAAGAGUGAAACAAUCUCUUCUCCUACUACUGAUCAUCAGCCUCCGGUGGAAGGACCCUUGAAGAACAUGUCCAGCCUUCUUCUCCGGCAACUCCCUAUCAAACGAGGGUUGUCAAUGCAUUACGAUGGGAAAUCACAAUCAUUCACUUCUCUUUCUAAUGUUAAGUGCUUGGAGGAUCUACCCAAGCCGGAAAACCCAUAUAAGAAGAAGAAGAAGUUUAAAUCUUGCGGGAGCUAUGGCGGAGGAUUACUCAUGAUAUCUUCCAACAAGACAAUAUCACCACCGCCGACAUUUUUCUAG